AUGGUGAUAAGCAGUGUGCAAUGGAUGGCAGCAGUGUCAGCAUUGGCUUCUAAGACUUCCUGGACUGAUGCAGAAGGCAACCGCAAGAGAGAUCAUCAUUCACUGCACUGGGAAUGCCUUGAAAUUGUGUAUAGGUGGUUUAGCUUAAAAAUACUGGCAAACACUGAUCUUCAACUGGGCCCCACAGACAAGGUACAGGCCAGGAAGUUCUUAGUGAGGGGCCACUGGAAGGAGAAUGGAAACAAGAAGGGCCUGAAGCAGUUGGUCGCCACGCUGAGCGCAGCCUCUCAGCCUUGCUGCCUGCUGAUAACGAGGUGGUUUGUUUGUGAGCCCCCCACUACCCACAUCGACUUUGCCCAGGAGAUGAUGGAUGCCAAGAUAACCGUGCCCGCCCAGAAUCGCUGUGAAGUGACGAAUGUCACCUUCACUGUGAUCAGCCCUGGCCUGAUCGAAAAUUGUGGAGCCACGUUUCUGGGGAAUCAAAUGAGCUGACUGGACCAGAGAGUAGCCCGUGCCCCAUCAGAAGGACUGAAGGUGAUCGCCUGCAUUGAGGGGAAGCUAGAUGAAAGGGAAGCUGGAAUCCCUGAGAAGGUCGUUCUCCAGCAAACCAAGCUCAUCGCAAAUAACGUGAAGGACUGGAGCAAGGGUACCCUGGCCUAUGAGCCUGUGUGGGCAAUUGGUACCCGCAAGAUUACCACCCUUCAACAUGCCCAAGAAAUACACAAGAAACUCCAUUUAUAG